AUGGAGAAAGCACAUGAAGCGCUCAGAGAUACCUUUGGAUUCUCGUCUUUCCGUCUCGAGCAGGAAGCCGUCAUCCGUCGUCUCCUCGUGGACAACGAGAACGCGCUCGUAUUGUUCCCGACCGGAGGAGGAAAGAGUUUGACGUACCAGAUUCCUGCACUAUGCCUGGAGGGAUUGACUCUGGUCAUCUCGCCUCUCAUAGCGCUCAUGAAGGACCAAGUCGACGCGCUUGUCAUGAGGGGCGUCAAGGCGGCGAGCCUGGACAGCACGCAGGAUGCAAGCAAGUCCGGGUGGGUCAAGAAUGAAGUUAUCACUGGGUCUAUGAAGAUGCUAUACGUCGCGCCGGAGAGGCUGAACAACGAGGGGUUCAUGGCCAUGAUGCGACGCGUCCGCAUCUCGCUCCUCGCAGUCGACGAAUCCCACUGCAUCUCUCAGUGGGGCGCGAGCUUUCGACCGGAGUACCUCAAGAUCGCACGCUUUGCGGAGGAGAUGGACGUCGAGCGCGUUCUCUGUCUCACUGCGACGGCGACGCCGUCGGUUUCCCAGGAUAUUUGCGGCAGCUUCUUCAUCGACCGUGAUGCGGGUGUCUUCCGCAUACCUGUGUACCGGCCCAAUCUCGCGUUGAACGUGGAAGUCUUCGACACGAUGGCUCAGAAAAUCAGUCGCGUCGUUAGUAUUCUGCAGGGGCGUACUGGGCCGGCUAUCGUAUACGUCACUCUGCAGAAACAUGCAGAGGAAGUGGCGAAUACUUUGCGCUCCUACCAACUGGAUGCUGCGAUCUAUCAUGCUGGUUUGCCUUCAGAAGAGCGAGGUCGCGUCCAGCUGCAGUUCAUGGAGUCUGAUAGAGGUAUUGUUGUGGCGACUAUUGCCUUCGGUAUGGGGAUUGACAAGGCAAACAUCCGACAGGUCAUUCACUUCCAUAUGCCGAAAACACUGGAGAACUACAGUCAAGAGGUCGGUCGUGCUGGUAGAGAUGGCUCGCUCUCGCACUGCUACAUGUUCCUCUGCGCAACCGAUCUACCCAUCCUCGAGGGCUUUGCCCGAGGCGACACUUGCGCCAAACGUGACAUUGAGCUUUGGAUUCAAGAGGUGUCCUUGAAGCAGCCUGCUUCGGACAGUACUCUUGAUUUCAACUUGUACAAGCAGUCCAAAGAGUAUGAUAUCAGGCAAAACGUCCUGAACCUCUGUUACGCACAGCUGGAACUGGAUUAUGGCUAUAUCCGUGCCACGACACCCUUCUACUCUAUCUAUGACAUCUCUCGGUGCGACGAGAAUGGAUGGUCCAAGGUUCUGGCCGACUCUUCCCCUGCAGCGAAGGCCAUCAGGACUUACUGGACGUCGAAGGGUACCAAAUGUCAGAUUGAUACGAUGCUCACGGCGGAGAGGUCAGGAGUCGAGCGUUCUGACAUCGCUCGAACUGUCAACGGCUGGGAGUUGGAUGGCCAUAUCACAAGCAAGGCAUCCCAAGUGAGGGCGCGAUUCAUGGUGACGAAGCCCUUGCCGACGGGCACAAACGACAUCAAGCAUCUGGCAGACCAAAUUUAUACCGGGAUGGUCGGACGCGAAAACGAAGCGGUCGAGAAGCUACGAAAGGUGGUCGAGUUUGCGACGAAUGACGACUGUUUGGCCCAAGGUCUCGCCGUGUACUUCGGGGACGAAGACGCCGUCCCGGAUGGCAUGUGUGGCCAAUGCAGUUUCUGCACAAGCGGCGCUGGCGUGGAAUUUUCGCCGAUUGCGCAGUCGGUCCCUGACGCCGCCCGUCUCAACAAGAUCCUCGACGCAUGCCCGGAACGAGACGACCCCCGGCUGCUCGCUCGUAUGGCCUUCGGCAUCACUUCUCCCCGGUUGACAUAUGGCAAGUGGUCGACAGCGCAUCCCCUCUUCGGGAGCAUGGUCGACGUCGACUUCAGCGCACUCGUGGCGGCGUUCGAUGAGGAAUGUAAGAAAGCGGGGUAUGAGAAGGCUGAGACGAUCGCACCAGCUCGGACGGCGCAGAAGCGUACAUACAGCAAGACGACAACCACGACGUCAAAUUACUCUUCCGGCAGCUCUCGCGGAGGUCGUGGUGGUUAUGGCGGUGGGAGCUACAAGCGUGGCCGCAGAGGAUGAUUCUAUGAGGCUAUCAUAGCUGCAUAUGCAUUGACU